UUCCAUAAAGUGAAAGUCGUGCGGCUCCGUGCAGCUUGUGGGGUCGGAUUUCGCCGAUUUCUCCUCUUUCUCCCCUUGGUUGGGGGUCUUAGAGCUUCUGAAGACCGGGGGGCGUCCUCCAGGACUGCACUUUGCACUAAGGGGGGGUUGCAGAAAGAGCCUCCCCUCCAGCUGCCCCUGCUCUGGCACAUGGUUAUGAGCUUUAGAGUCUCCGAACUGCUAGUUCUUCUGGGUUUUGCCGGCAGAAACAAGAGUGGACGGAAACACGAGCUUCUCUCCAAGGCCCUUCAUCUGGUGAAGUCUGGCUGCAACCCGACCAUCCUGAUGAAGAUCAAGGAGCUCUAUCGAAGGAGAUUUCCUCGCAAGGUCCUCAGCACCACAGACUUGACCAUGCUGCACAUGCAGGCUGGGGCGCUACCCAAUGCCAACUCACUGUCUCAGGGUGCCGUGUGCCACCUGGGCUAUGAUGGCGGCACCAUGCCGAGCACCCUUCCUUCAUCUGUGCUGCCCCCUAUCCCCAUGCUUGGUCCCAAACACGAGACGGACAUUCAGCACCUAUCCCCGCCCAUACACCCAGUCCACCCAGAUGUCAAGAUGAAGAGGCUUCCAUUCUACGAUGUCUACGAUGAGCUGAUCAAACCAACCACGCUGGCUUCCACAAACACACAACGGUUUGAAGAGGCCCACUUUAGCUUUGCACUGACGCCCCAACAGGUCCAUCAAAUCCUGAGUUCAAGAGACAUACUGCCUGGUGCUAAAUGUGAUUACACAGUCCAGGUCCAGCUGAGGUUCUGUCUGUGUGAGACCAGCUGUCCGCAGGAGGACUACUUCCCCCCCAACCUCUUUGUGAAGGUGAACGGGAAGCUGUGCCCAUUGCCAGGCUACUUACCUCCCACCAAGAAUGGAGUGGAGCCUAAAAGGCCGAGCAGACCCAUCAACAUCUCCCCGCUCAUCCGGCUGUCGUCCACCGUGCCCAACAACAUCAUUGUCAACUGGUCGUCUGAGUUUGGCAGAAAUUACUCGCUGUCCGUCUACCUGGUGAAGCAGCUGACCUCGGUCACCCUUCUGCAGAAACUCCGCGCCAAAGGCAUCCGGAACCCAGACCAUUCCAGAGCACUGAUAAAAGAGAAGCUGACGGCCGACCCCGACAGUGAGAUCGCCACAACCAGCCUUCGGGUCUCCCUCAUGUGUCCGCUGGGGAAGAUGCGUCUGACCGUGCCCUGUAGGGCCAUCACCUGCACCCACCUCCAGUGCUUCGAUGCUGCCCUCUACCUGCAAAUGAAUGAGAAAAAACCAACGUGGACGUGUCCUGUGUGCGACAAGAAGGCGCCAUACGAUUUGCUCAUUAUAGACGGUCUCUUCAUGGACAUCCUGAACUCCUGCACAGACUGCGAUGAGAUUCAGUUCAUGGAGGACGGGUCCUGGUGUCCGAUGAAGCCCAAGAAGGAGAAGCAGGACGUGCUGCAGCCCACAUCGUAUGGAGGGAUUGAUGGAAUGAUCUACAACCUCAGCUGUGACCUCAAGUACAACAGCGAGGCCAAGAAGAAGGUGGAAGUGAUCGACCUGACCCUGGACAGCUCAUCAGACGAGGACGAGCCUGCGCCCAAGAGGCCGUGUUCUAUCACCUCAACGACCAUACCCUCUGUCGGAUCCAAAGGGGUGAUCAGCGUUGACCAUCAACCAUCGUCUGUUCUGAGAAGCCCCCCUAUGGCCACUAUAGGGAGUGAUUACCUCUCCAGCCUUCCUCUACCCGACUACCACCGAACCUUCCCAGUACCAAGCGACCUUCAAGGUCUCGAUAUCUUCUCCUUCCUUCAGACGACGGACAAUCAGCAUUACAGCCCGUCCGUCAUCACCUCCCUGGAUGAACAGGACGCCCUCAAUCACUUUUUCCAGUACCGGGCCCCCCCAUCGCAUUACAUGAGCCCCCUCACCCAGGCCAUAACAGGAUCCCACGGGGCAAGCAAUGGCGCCAGCCGGAUAAGUAGCAUUGUUUCCACCAGCACGUUACGGGACAGUCACGGCCACAGCGGAUCUCAGAACUCCACCCCGACCUUACCUGGGUGCAGACCGGACAUUAUAUCAUUGGACUGAUCAGGAGGGUCCUGACCCAGGAAGCCGG